AUGCUUCUGUUCGAUAAUACCACAAAAAACGCAACCAUCAGUUUAAAUCUUGUCAACGGGACUACUUCACAGUAUGACCCCGUCGCGGCAUCGUUGACCUGGUUCACACUAUUCUGCUGCAUUGCUGCAUUAAGUUUGAACGCGCUAAUCACGGUGGUGUACCUUAAAGAUCGCGCAGUCCGCUCUGUCCCAUUCCAUGCAUAUUUGAUGAAUUUAGCCUUCGCGGAAAUUCUGUUAGCCGCUGCCGGUAUGACUGGUCAGUUUGUCAACGGAUAUUUAGGCGGCUGGCAGUCUAACUUGGUGUACUGCUCAUUUGUCACGCUGUCCAAUCAGAUCCUUGGCUCGGCAGUGCGUUAUGCGCAUUUACAAAUUACGGUCAGCCGGUUUUGGGCGGCUACCUUUCCACUGGGUUUUAAAAAGCACAACACCCAGAAGCUGGUCUUCGCUGUGAUUGCUACGACGUGGUGUUGUGUAUUGUUGCUGCAUUUGCCGCUGUUUGCGUGGGGCAGACAGUGGGCACUGCCCAACGAAAAGCGCUGCACGACAAAAUUAGCAGACGCUUUUUUGACAAUGAUCACCAUCGAAAUUCUUGGGUUUACUACACCGGAAGUGUGGACGCUGGUGAUGUAUAUUUUUAUUGUCUACAAACUACGUCAAGGAGCUACAGGGAUACAGCACUCACUAGCUUCAAUUGAACUUCCGCAAAUUCCCAAUUCUGCAAAUGGCAAACGCUUAUUUGAUGCACAAGCAAAUCGUGUAGUUGUCAGUAUGGUACGCAAUCCGGACACCGCAACACUAGAUCAGUUUAGUUGCGAAGGUAGCGGGAAACGCUCUGAGGUCCGGCAUAAAAAGAAGCGUGAUGCUGACCGGGUGCUGCAGUAUCUCGUGGGAGCAAUGAUCCCAUUAGAAAAUUUAGAUUAG